AUGAAGGCCUACUACGACAAUGGCUACACCGAGACAGACAAGUCGGACUGGAAGACGGCCCUGGGGGAGCUUGGCAUCUCCCCAAUUCACUCCAAUUCGGCAGCGCCCAUCACGGCUCCCGGUCGUCUCCCGCAGCAGCAUGUGACCCAAUCAAGUACCGCUGCUCAGCGGUCCCCCGCCGAGAGACUAUCGCCUCACCCAAGAGGCGGAAGGGCGGAUUUCGCUCCCCAAGCUGGCCUGGCUGCGGGCGCAAGAAGUCGACAGCCUUUGGCACGGCGAAUUUCUCCCGAAACAGUCGCCCCCGCCCGUAAACCUUCGAGAGCUGCGGCGGGCGAGCUCGUCCAAGAUUCACUGCUCCGCAACGGCAUCAACGACCUUCGGCGCCUGGAGUUUCUCGUCCAAGAUACAGAUGUGCAGUCAAGGGGAGUAAUCCUCGAGACAAUCUUCUACCCCGAUAGCAAGCCCUGGCUGCUCCGCGCAUGUUAUCACCUGGUAACCUACCUGCAAACCAACAAGGGAUUCACCAAGGCGCAGGCUGUUGAGGCCAUUGGAUGA